GACAUUCCCACGAAACAAUAGCGGAAUUCCUUCCAUCCCUCACUGACUUUGAGGAAAUACCAAGGCGCGAUCGUAAUCCCGCGCCACGCGUAUGAUGUGUUGCCUAUCCGCCGCUAAUCGAGGCGUUCACGAGCGCCACGAACCUCAGUCGGGAAUAAAGAGAAAGCUGUUCGGCUUGCCCAUGCGCGAGCCUAGACCGUGUUUCGAACCGCGGCCGCUAGUCCGCAGUAGUGGCUGCAGUACGUAAGAUGUCAGCGGCUAUGUGGCCGUUUGCAUCCGCAUCGAAGUGACCAUGUCGCAAAUUACGGGGCCCAGGGGCUCUGGCAAGAAACGCGGCCAUCAGCACCACCCCAGAACGGAGGGUGGCCGCAGAAAGGCACUGUUACAGGAAAACGUCGACAGUUCGACGAUCAGCACGCCCCUCAGCGAGUACAGUCAACAAACAGUGAUAACAACCAGCCCCGCUGUGAUCCAAAGUGCCUCAAUCUCGAAUAAAAUAAGUGAUACCAAGUCAAGUAACGAAUGUGAUAACGUAGUUAUAGACCUAACGAAUAGCGACGACGACUUAGAUGGUAGUAAGCGAGUUGUAAGCAAAGAAAAUAGCCCGUUCAGAACACCUGUCAAAGACCAGACCAAAAGUACGAGAAGUAAUCAAAGCAGGCGUGUACGCCAAGUAUAUAACUCACCUAAAGAUGACAACGAAGACAUGUCAACAGUAUACAGACCAGCUGCUGAAGGUUCCAGCUACAGCGACGAGGAAAGAGAUCCAGAACUGGAAGAACUCUCCAAGCUUCGUUGCACCUCAGAAUGCACAGAGUCGAUCGCAGAAAGGGAGAUCAGGAGAAGAAGACGUUGUGCAGACUAUCCAGGAUUGGCCUUCAGUUCCAUCUUCAGCUCGGACACCCUGAUGAAGUUCUCGAUUAUUCGCAAUGAGUUGCACAAUAUCAUGAAGACGCAAUUGAAGAGGGCGGAAUCCGAAGUUGCCGCUUUGAAUCGUCGUAUCCAAUUGUUGGAAGAAGACCUCGAACGUUCUGAGGAACGUUUGGCCACAGCCACAGCCAAAUUGGCUGAGGCUUCCCAAGCUGCAGACGAAAGCGAAAGGCAACGAAAAAUUCUCGAGAACCGCUCAUUGGCCGAUGAGGAACGUAUGGACGCCCUCGAGAACCAAUUGAAAGAGGCCCGAUUUUUGGCCGAGGAAGCCGAUAAAAAAUACGAUGAGGUUGCCCGUAAAUUGGCCAUGGUUGAAGCUGAUCUCGAAAGAGCAGAAGAACGCGCUGAAGCCGGAGAAUCGAAAAUCGUAGAACUUGAGGAGGAACUCCGUGUUGUAGGCAAUAACCUCAAAUCUCUUGAAGUAUCAGAAGAAAAGGCCGCCAUUACAAGAGAGCAUAGUGAGGAUAUUAUUCAUGCCAUGUCUGAUAAGUUGCGUGAAGCUGAAGCUCGUGCUGAAUUUGCAGAACGUUCUGUUCAGAAACUCCAGAAGGAAGUUGACAGAUUAGAAGACGAAAUUCUUAGCGAAAAAGAAAAGAACAAACUGCUCUCAGAUGAGAUGGAAGCGACCCUAUACGAUAUUCAAAAUAUGUAAUUUCUGAGGAUCAUACGCCUUAAGCAAGCAGAAAACGAUGAUAAAACGCAACAUUCCCGAAUCAAUGUUCAAAAUGGUGCUUCUGAAAAAAAAAUUACGUAGCUGUAGAAAUUCCUAUUUUGCAUUUUGAAUUUGUUUAGUUUUUGAGUAGUUUGAGGCUAGCCAUUCCGUUGAUCUCCCCUUUGUUGCAAUACGAUCAACAACUGCCAUAAACAGACUUGAUAGCAUCUUUGAUAUCCGAUUAUUUAAUUUAACACAGCGAUUCUUUGUUAGGAUCAUCGAUUGUCUAUGAUUUGUCUGAAUUAAGGUAGCUAAGAUGGUUGAAAGGUUCUCACAUUUUCUUUAAUGUACCAAAAACUGUUUUUUGAUACUUAUUGAUAUUUAUUUUCUUUGAGUUUGGGAACUUCAUGUUCUAUGAAUUAAUAACAGGCGGUUAUUUUUGUAUAUAGUUUUAUUAUAAUUUAUACCUUCUUCAUCAAGAGAACUGCGUUUGGCAUAACAGAAACAAUAUUGAAUUUUUAUUUUCUAUUAUUGUUUUUAACUAUCGUUACUAGCUUUCAUUUUGUUAUGAUAUGAAAUUUUGGUAUUUCAGAAAAUGUUAAGGAAAUAUUUCGAAUAUUUCCUUUUAUGUGGAUAAUUCACAUUAUAUCUGAUAUUCUCUUUGACUCAUAAGCCUUAAAUUGAAAGUCUUUGCUUGAAUUCGAAAUUCCUAAAUUUUAUGUUCAUUAAGGGAAGAAAAAGAAUUAUUUUCAUAAAGUUAGAUUCGCAUUUAUGUAUUUAAUUACUAGUGUUAUGGCAAUUCAAACAUAAACUUGAAUUCUUCUUAGCAACUUCUGAAAAAUAACAUUUCAAAUGUCUUCAAACAUCAAUUAUUCAGGAUUUGAUAAGAGUGUGAUUCAAGUUAUGUGUAUGAAUGAUAAUCAGUUAUUCCAAAUAGCUGAUUUUGUGCUAAACAAAAUUUGUAGUUAUAUCCUUGCUUACAAUUCAAAUUUUAGAAACGAUUUAAAUAAAUAUUUGCAAGUUGUAAUUUGAGCAGGUUUCAUUUACACAUAAUUUCUCUUUAUAUAACAUGUAUCGAAGCUUAAUUCCUAAAGAAAAAUUAUUCCACACAAAAAAGUAUUAUGAGAAAAUUUAUUUUAGGGCCUGUUUAUAUAUUAUUUAUAUUGUAUUUUUUAUGCAAUUACACUAAUAACACAGAUUUUAAUUUA